GAUACAGUAGUCUGAGGUUUAUAAAUAAAAAAGGCCGUACUGAAAAUUUAAAAUAAUUAAACGAAAUGGAGCAACCAGAGAAUAAUGAAAUUCAAGCUUUAGAAGAUGAAGCUAAAAACUUGGAAACAGCAGUUGCACUAAAGAAUGCUGGAAUCGAAAAUAGUAAGCUCAAACAGGAGGUCGCCAAAUUGGGAGAGAUCCUGGAAAAGCAAAGAAAAGUCCUGGACGAAGCUGAAAACAGUAGGAAGGAAGCCAAAUUGAUUUUCUCAGCUUUAUUGGCAUUGAAAAAGGACAAUGGAAGUAACUUAAUAGAUUCUUCAGGAUAUAAGCCGCCCCAAAAAUCAAAACUAAAUGAGAAAUCAAAAUCGACUAAGUAAUGUUUUUUACUUUAAUGUACCUUUGUACAUGUUUACGAUAUUAUAAAAAUAUUCCCAAAUUUUUAAAGUUGAAA